AUGGAACGGAUGGCUGACGAAAUGAAUCACAUCGCUCGUAAGACGAGGACAGAAACCGUUUCAAUGAAAACCCUCAUGAGCACAGACGUAUUUCAAGAUCACGAAUCCGGUUCUAGUGCUGGUAGUCCAUACAACAACCUGAACCCACUCCAAUUCUACUUUACGCUGAGCGUCCCACUGACGGUAUUGACCCUGCUAGUAUGGGCAUGUCUCUACCAAUUUGAGAUUCGUCGAGCACAAAUGGAAGAAGGAAAGUUCAUAGCUUCGAAAAUGGCAUGA